AUGCCCAGCUCUACGACGGCUGACGUCUCACAUGCAUCGAUCGUCUCAUCGUUUGCGCCCACCUAUUCGGCUAUUCGGUCCCCAAAGCUCGAUCAGCGCUUAGAGCCUCUCGGUUACCCCAAUCCCGACGCCCUAUUCGUCGUUACGUACAUGGUAUAUGUACCACCCAGUGGCCCCAAUCUCUGCCCGUACCACAAGAAUUCGUUGUCUCCGGACUCAGCGCUCACACAGCGUAGAUCCUCCGUCUACUCACAACAAGAGUACUUUGGUUUGUUUGGGGUUGCGUAUACGCCGUUUUUGCUCCAAGGGAAGGAGGGUCUAGAAGCCGUUGCACAGCAUGUUGGCUAUUCUCCGAAAGCGAAAUGCAGGGUGCUUGGCGACUCCGCCCAUCGUCCGCAGUGA